AUGAUCAGCGCUCUCGAGCGACGAUAUGAAAACCUGAGAUUUGGGCCGCUUUUCCCGGAUAUUUUGAACGAGGAUCGGCUUGUCGACUCGUUGGAGUCGUUUCACAUGCUAGAAGGCCACUCGGGAUGCGUGAACACACUGCGUUGGAACAAGACGGGCGCACUGCUGGCGUCCGGAUCCGACGAUCGAAAUGUGAAAAUCUGGAAAUCCGGCAGAGAAAUCCAUAAUCUAGUGACCGGACACGAGGGAAACGUAUUCGCAGUCGAAUUUCUCCAAAAUUCCGGCGAUCAGAAGCUGGUGACGGGCGCCGCCGAUCGGGUUGUGGCUUUGCAUGAUAUUGAAGCGAGCACGUGUAAAAAAUGGGAGCUCGAUGGAAGGGUUAAGCGAAUUUGCACUGUUGAGCACGAUCCCACACUUUUUUGGGCCGCUGUUGAGUGUGAUAAUGGAGUUCAACAAUUCGACACUCGAACCGAGAAUCCCGAAGUAAUUAUCCGCCAUACUGCUGACCGAGAAUUCCACGACGCAAAAUCGGUGGCCGUGUCGGAAGCUAGGCCAAAUUUGAUUGUAGUUGGAUUCGACGAGACCGCUGUGAGACUGUACGAUCGGCGUAAUUUGAAUGCUCCAAUGCUCACAUUUUCACCAUUGGGCGCAAACACGUAUGCCUAUCACGCAACCCACGUGGCAUUCAACAAACGUGGCACCGAAGUAGUCGUGAAUCACGGUGGAGGUGGUGGUGUAUAUGUAUUCUCAGUUGACGCGGAGCUGGAUCCAAAGUAUAUGGAUAGAUUUCAUUCGGUUAUGGAAUUGCCUAGAGAGCCGGUGAUCACAUCAGGAGCUCUUCCAUAUCCGGAUCUACGGGAAAUUGGUUCAACUGCAAUUCGAGAGAAACAUUUCGCGAAGGCUAUCGAUUUUUAUUCGGAUCUUAUUUAUCGAAAUGAUGAUCGGGAGUCCCACCAGGAUCACCGUGCAUUUUUGAGUGUUUGUCAUUCGAAUCGAGCAACGGCUCUACUGCUCCGCCGCCAACGUGGAGAUACUUAUGCAUGUGUUAGAGAUUGCAUUAAGGCACUGGAAAUUCAUCGCGGAAACUCGAAAGCUUUGCUCAGACUGAUCAAAAGCUUCACAACUAUGGAACAUAUCGGAUUGGCGAGAAAAUGUGUGCAAAAGUUUAAAGAAUGGUACCCAAAUGAUACGGCUAUUGAGAAAAUGGAAGAGGAUGUUGAGGCGCUUACUCCAAACGACCGCCCGGAACUUGUUGCUCCAGAAGGUGUUGUAGAUUAUCAGGAGAGAUAUGGUGGAAGUACAAAUCAUCAGACAGAUAUUAAAGAAGCAAAUUUUUUUGGUUCAAGAGAUCAAUAUAUUAUCGCCGGUUCUGACUGCGGUCAUAUGUACAUCUGGAAUCGCGAUACGUCAAAAAUUCAAGGAAUCUUCGAAGCGGACGAUCAUAUUCUCAAUAUCUGUCAACCACAUCCUGAUCAAUUUAUGAUUGCCACGGCGGGAAUCGAUGACGAUAUUCUCCUGUGGCAACCGAUUUUAGAACGUCCCGAUGCUUUUUUGAGCCGUCGAGUCGAGGAUCCUUAUGAAUUUAUGGAGAAACGAGCCGACGGGAUGGGUGGAAGAAUACAUUUGCAUAUGCUGAGAGAUUUGGCACGGGACAACUCGCAAUGUGUUCAAUCUUAAAUUUUUUCUGAUUUUUCCAGCUUUUUUGAAAUUCAAAUUGGGUCUCGCAGCGGCUUUAAAUUUUUUUUUUUUAAUUAUUGACUUUUCUAAAUUUUGCCGAAAAAUCAAUAAUUUUAAAUUAGAUUAUCAAUUUUUCUAAAUUUUUCCGAAAAAUCAAUAAUUUUAAAUUAAAUUAUCAAUUUUUCUAAAUUAUGCCGAAAAAUCGAUAAUUUCAAAUUUAAUUAUCGAUUUUUUUAAAUUUUUUCGAAAAAUCAAUAAUUUUAAAUGUAAUUAUCGAUUUUUCUAAAUUUUGCCGAAAAAUCAAUAAUUUUAAAUUAAAUUAUCGAUUUUUCUAAAUUUUUCCGAAAAAUCAAUAAUUUUAAAUUAAAUGAUCGAUUUUUCUAAAUUUUUCCGAAAAAUCAAUAAUUUUAAAUUUACUUAUCGAUUUUUCUAAAUUAUGCCGAAAAAUCGAUAAUUUCAAAUUUAAUUAUCGAUUUUUUAAAAUUUUUUCGAAAAAUCAAUAAUUUUAAAUUUAAUUAUCGAUUUUUCUAAAUUUUGCCGAAAAACCAAUAAUUUUAAAUUAAAUUAUCGAUUUUUCUGAAUUUUUCCGAAAAAUCAAUAAUUUUAAAUUAAAUUAUUGACUUUUCUAAAUUUUGCCGAAAAAUCAAUAAUUUUAAAUUGAAUUUUAAAAUUAAGUUUAUUUUUUUUAAAGGAAUUUUCCAGAGCAAAUUUCCGUCAAAUUCAUUUUUUGGCAUUUUUUAUUUUUCGAAAAAAUUCAAAUUUUGGAGAAAAUUUCUUAAAAAUCGCUGUGAUACGCAAAAAAAUGCCAAAAAAGAAAUGAAUUUUGACAGAAAUUUCGAGCAAUUUUUUAAAUUUUAGAAAAAAUUUUUUUUUCUGAAAUUGCUUAAAAUUUGCUCCAAAUUUCAGUCAAAAUGCACCUUUUUUGGCAUUAAUUUUUUUGGGUCUCGCAGCGAUUAUUUUUUAGCAAUUUUCUCCAAAAUUUGAGUUUUUUUCCAAAUUUCAAACUAAAAAAAUUCCAACAAAACCCCACUUAUUGGGAAUUUUGUAAUUUUUUUACCGAUUUCUCUGUUUUGAGCCGGAAAAUUUGCAAAAAUCGGAUUUUUUCAAAAAAAAAAACCGACAAAUCUCGGAUUAUGGCUUUAAGAAAUUUGAAAAUUUUGCGAAACUUUGAAAAAUGAUUGGAAUUUCAUAAAAAUCGACAAUUUUUCAAAAAAAAAAAUUAUUUAAAAAAUUCAAAAAUCGCUGCGAGACCCACCAGUAUUCUGUUUAAUUUUUUUUUGUUGAAAAUACCUGUAAAAAUGUGCUCUUUUUUCUCUCUGUCCCCCAUUUUCUCAUGUGUAGAACCCUCCGAAAAAUCGUGUAGAACUGAACAUAAUUAAUUAAAUAAAUUUU